UAUCUACAGUGAGUUAUAUGCUGCAUGUGUGAUGAUUAUGAUAGGAGGACCCGGAACUGCAGAACACUUCAUUUGACUAGAAACUCUUCAGCAGCUCGUCAUACAGCUUCUGGAUGACGGUGUCGAUGGGGGUGAUCGGGCUCGUGCACGCGCUGCUCUGCCGGUGCUCGGUGUUCGGGGUCCUCGCGCUCACCUGUGCCGCGCUCCUGUGCGCGUUCGCGGCGCGUGUCGAGUUCAAGCGGCGCGCGCUGCGAUGCUUCAACCAGCCGCCGCAGAGAAACUGGAUCAUGGGACACAUGGGACUGAUGGGCCAUAAUGAAGCGGGGCUCCAGGCCGUUGAUGACCUGGUCAGGAGGUACACUCACUCCUGUGCCUGGUAUCUCGGCCCCUUCUAUAACAUGGUCCGUCUCUUCCACCCAGACUACAUCAAAUCACUCCUGACGGCCUCGGCUUCCAUUACUUUUAAAGACAGGAUCUUUUAUGGCUUUAUGAAACCCUGGUUGGGUAACUGUCUUCUUCUCCAGGACGGUCAGGAAUGGUCUCGCCACCGGAAGCUUUUAACUCCAGCGUUCCACUUCGACAUCCUCAAAAAAUAUGUUCACAUUUUCAACCAGUCCACCAACAUCAUGCAUAGUAAAUGGCGCCUCCUGCUGGCCGAAGGACACAACGGUCUGGACAUGUUUGAGAACAUGAGCUCGAUGACUCUGGAUAGUCUCCUCAAAUGCACAUUCAGCUGCGACAGCCACUGUCAGGGGAAACCCAGUGAGUAUAUCUCAGCGAUCCUGGAUCUGUCUAAGCUGCUGGUCCAGAGACAGCACUAUCUGCCGUAUCACUGGGACUGGUUAUACUGGCGCUCUGAACAGGGACGGCGCUUCCGCAAGGCGUGCGACAUCGUUCACGGUUUCACCGCAAAAAUCGUCCAAGAACGGCGUUCCCAACUCGAACAGCAGGGGUCAGCGAAGAGCAGCUCGGAGAACCUGGAGUACACCGGAGGAUACAAGAAGAAGGACACGGACCUCGUCGACCUACUGCUUCUGUCCAAAGAUGAGAACGGCGAGGGACUGACGAACGAGGAGAUCCAGGCACAUGCUGAUAUGUUCAUGUUCGCUGGUCACGACACCACCGCCAGCGCUCUCUCCUGGAUCUUCUAUAAUCUGGCCAUGCAUCAGGAUCAUCAGGAGCGCUGUCGUGCCGAGAUCCAGUCGCUCCUGCGGGACGGAGACACACACGACAUCAGCUGGGAGGAUCUGAGUCAGCUGACCUUCACCAGCAUGUGCAUCAAGGAGAGUCUGAGGCUUCACUCGCCCGUUCUAGCGGUGACACGCUAUUACUCUCAGAACAUGAAGACACCAGGAGACUGUGUCAUUCCACAGGGAUGUCUGAGUUUGAUCAGUAUCUAUGGAGUGCACCGUAACCCCGAGGUCUGGGCUGAUCCUGAGGUGUUCGACCCGACGCGCUUCGCCCCGGAGAACUCACACACACGCUCUCCUCAUGCUUUCAUUCCUUUCUCAGCAGGACCCAGGAACUGUAUCGGGCAGAGCUUCGCGAUGGCAGAGAUGAAGGUUGUGGUGGCUCAGACUCUGAGGAGGUUCAGGAUCCUGCCGGGACUCGAGGCGGUUCAGCGUCUCUAUCAGCUGGUGCUCAGAGCUGAAGGAGGAAUGAUGCUAAACCUCGAGGCGCUCGCCGACUCACAGCACUGAAACACACACACACACACACACUUACAAUACUGUGAUUCUUUUACAAUAAUUGAUAUUGAUUCCACGUUUUAAAGGGGAAGUGUGUGCAACACUGCUGAAUGUUGUUUAGUAACGUAUACUCGUCUCCGCUGAUGAAAAACUUUGUUACAUUGCCAAUUUUGCUUAUUUGUUUUUCAAAUAUUGAAAUAUAUUCCAGUAAAUGUAUUUAAAUACCCACUCCUCUUAUGUGUUGUUGUUGUUGCUUUCUUUAACAAAACUCAAAGUAUGAAGAAGCAGCGUUGUGUCCUAAAAUAUAAACACAGGUUUUAAUAUGAGUGUGAAUAAAGUGAAGUGUACACAUUUCUUUUCUGAAACCCUCCCA